AUGUCCGCUUUGUUCAUCAACGACAUACAAAACAUUUUUGAAGCCCCUAUGGACCUUUCAUCUGAAAUAAUCUCAUCGUUCCAAAAAUCUAUAACGGUUACUGCACCGGCCAUAAAAGAUCUUUCUUUUGUCCACACGGGCACAGCCCUGGGCUAUGCACAGGGAGAUGCACUAAAAAUACACUGUCCGCUCACCAACACGCCACUAAACAUGAUACACAUCCCUGAUCUGAAGAAACUGGUCUUUCUUUUCGACAACACCAUCCUGCACACCACGCCAACGCACGUUAAGUAUCUCUCGAUCUACGAUAACACGUACAUACGCACGUACAACUGUGAGGGAGUGAACGACAUACAAUCAAAGAUCGAUGACGACGUGUUUAUGUGCGUAAACGACAGGAAAAUAGAAUUUUAUGACUUGAGAAGCGUGCAUCCUGUGAGCUUUCUAACCGUUAGGAAUUGUGUGGCUGCGCUUAACAAUUUCUGCUUUGCUGUCCUCAUCAACAAGACGUUGCUGAAGGUGUUUGAGGUAGGCGCUUCAUCGCCAAGACUCACCAAGGAGGUGUUUAAUGUGGACAAGGUAAAAUUGACAAACGAUAACAAGUACGUGCUGCUUGGCACCUCUAAAUCAGUAAUUGUGCUAGACAUUAAUACUGGAAACGAGGAACAGAAGAUAUACAUCGAUAAUUUGGUGGAUUUUGAUGUAUCAGAAUCAUCUGAGUACCUGUUCAUGUUGCACGAUGGGAAAGUGUCCGUUAAUAAGAUAAAGAAGAGAGAAUUGAUCAUGAGCAUGCAGGUAGGCGAGCAGAAAAUGAUUAGGAUGAACCCGAGUUAUGCACAGUUCGUCAGUGCAAUGCCAAACCUAACAUUUUACGCGGCAGAGUAAUUCUGAUUAGUUGUUUGUACGUGUGGAGGAGUGCAGACCUGGUCUGGGAAUGGCUCUUAAAUUAAAAGCAAUUCUUCUACGAUACCUUUGCUUGGCAGAGCGCAGAGGCAACCGUUCAAGCCAUUCUCAGUCUUUG